CAACUGGUACAACUAGCGGCACACACAUUCACUCGCUGGCAGGGAACUCGACAUUUACAAUUUAAACACGAUCACAGCUAGCCAAGUCCCAGCCCAUAACACAGUCAAUGGCACAGUGCAUAGCGCAGUCCAUUUUACAGAUGUAGCAGGUGCCCCGCCGCUAUAGAUAGAUCGAUAGAUCGAUACUAGGUCUGGAUAAAUACAUUCUAACAUACUACAAUAGUUUGUAAUAAAAAGAAGCGAGUUGAAAAGUAAAAUGAGUAAGUCAUGCAGGAUCAAUAGAAAGUCUUCUCUUUGUAGCGCUGUGAUGGAGAGGAGGGAGUUGCUCAUUCUUCUGCUUGCAGGGCUUUUUGCACCUGCUUCCAGUCAAAUCAGAAAACUCCUUUUUGUGGAAGCUGAGAAGAGCUGGUCUGAAGCUCAGAGCUACUGUAGAGAGAGGUACACGGACCUGGUCACUGUUGACAGCCAGGAUGAAGCCGAGCUCUUAUUUACUGCAGAAAAUUCUCUCAAUGAUGCUGCCUGGAUCGGGCUGUAUUGUGACACACAGAACUGGCAGUGGUCUAACAGCGAUGAUGUCAUCUACACCAACUGGAGGGCAGACCUCUUCUGUGUUUCAGUCAAUUCACAGGGAGAGUGGGAUGAUUUAGUCUGCAGUGAGAAGAAAGCUUUCAUAUGCUUCAAAGGUAAAGCUGUUAAAGAUAUGAAGAUAAAACAUGUUUGGUUUUGGCACCAUACCUCCACCCCUAUCACUCUAUUUGUGUUUACAGAGACCAGGAACAUCACUGAGAGAUACACCCUGAUUGAAGAACUGAAAACCUGGACUGAAGCUCAGCAGUACUGUAGAGAACACCACACCGACCUUGUCAGUAUAAAGAGUGCCAGUGAAAAUGAAGACCUAGUAAAGAAAGCGCAGGGCAAGCCCUUCUGGUUAGGCCUGUUCAAUGAGCCCUGGAAGUGGUCACGUCAGAGUUAUAACUACAUAUUUCACAACUGGGACAAUGAGGAGCCAAACAAUGUGGGAGGUAGUGAGGGGUGUGUGGUGAUGGAUUACAAUGGUACAUGGAAAGACGUUAGCUGCAGCUCAAAGUUCCCCUUUAUCUGCUGUUACGGCACUGGUUCAUUUAUGAUAUACAACCCUUCUCAGAAAACAUGCGUCGAUGCCAUCAGUUCCAGCUCUGUAGUGAACAGUCUUUGCAACCCCGAUGCCAAAUCACAGCAGUUCAGAUGGGUCUCUGAAUACAGACUGCAGAGCGUCUCAUUGGAAUUAUGUCUGGGAGUGGCGAGUAAGACAAACAUGGUUAAAGUCCUGCUUUACCCAUGUGAUGAGAAUAAUGAACUGCAGCAGUGGGAACGCAGGGAUGAGGAUUUAUUUGCAAUCAAGGGAGCCGACCUAUUUUUCAAUUCCGGACACCUCGUUGUAAACUAUAUCGUGCUGUAUACAGGAUCAGGGAUCUAUAGCAGAUGGAACAUAUAUGGCACGGAUGUAGGCUUGUGCUCCAGGCUCUCCCGGAGUCAUGAAGAUGGUCUAUGCAGCUUUGAAGAAACUGAGAAGACCUGGCAUGAUGCUCAGAGCUACUGCAGAAACCAAAGCAAAGAGCUGGUCACCAUUCAAUACCAAGCCAGGAUGAAUGAGACUUUAGACCUUCUGAAUUCAACUGGAUCCUCUGAUGUCUGGAUCGGGCUGUAUCAUGAUAAAGAGAACUGGCAGUGGUCCAAAGGAGAUGCUUUCAUCUACUACAACUGGAGCACAGUCCAAUUCUGUGCUUCAGUCAAUUCAGAGGGAGAGUGGGAGGAUAGAGCCUGCAGUGAGACGACCCGUUUCAUGUGCUACAGCGAGACCAGCAACAUCACUGCGAGAUACACCUUGAUUGAAGAACCGAGAAACUGGACUGAAGCUCAGCAGUACUGUAGAGAACACCACACCGACCUCGUCAGUAUAAAGAGUGCCAGUGAAAAUGAAGACCUAGUGAAGAAAGCGCAGGGCAAGCCCUUCUGGAUAGGCCUGUUCAAUAACCCGUGGAAGUGGUCAUACCAGGGGGAUAACUACACAUUUCAAAACUGGGCUAAUGAACAACCCAACAAUGUGGGAGGCAAUGAGAAAUGUGUGAUUAUAGGUGUAAGGGAUGGUGCAAGUCAAUCCAGAGGGGAAUGGCAUGAUAAGGAUUGCAGCUUGAAGCUCCCCUUCUUCUGCUUUGACGUUCUAAAUGCCACAAGCCCCCCUUCAACACUGACCUCUAAAGAUUCAGGACCCUCAAGCCCACCUUCAACCCCGGUCUCUCAAGAUACAACCCCCUCAGACCCACCUUCUGCACCAGCCUCUAAAGAUAACAUGGCAAUCGGAAGGGUCAAACUUACUGCACCAAAAGGAAUGAAUCUUGAAGACCCCAAAGUGAGUGAAGCCAUUUUAGAGCAGAUUCGGGAACAUUUCUCCAAGAAGUUUCCGAUGGACGGUGUUAACAUGCGCUGGAGAAAACAAGACGGAGAGAUUUUCCACAAGGAUGUGGAAGAGGAGGAUGAGGAGGAGAAGUGCUCUGAUCCGUGAGAUACCAGCACAGGCAUCGCAAGUGGGGGUUCAGGGCAUUGUGCCAUUGAUCUCUAUUAUAAACAAAUUCUAGUCAAAGGCUUUUGACUGUUUUGGUUUUUUAAGUAACUAUACAUACUAUAAUCAGGGGUUCAAAUCAAUAUAAUUGUGAAGUUCAGAAAUGUUUUAAUCUGCAUUAAGAUCAAUAUAAUACUAAAGAGAUUAAACAGAUCUAAAUGAAUAGUAGGGUCUGCAAACACUAGACUGCCAAAUGAAUUGCUUCAUUUCUGAAUGUUUUGACUUGUUUAAGGCUGCUGUAAUAAGUAAUAAAGUGAGGUUUUGUAAUAUCGAAAACCCAGGACCAAUGACACCAAGCAAACACUGUUUAAUUUUAAACUGCUCCAGUGAUAAUGUGUUUGUAUGAAUCAAUUUGUGAUAGAAAACUACCAAUUCAAUUAUAAGUUGUAUUACAAUGUUGGUGUUCUCCUGUGGAUUGUUAUCAGGUCUGCAUUUAAAAAAAAUUGAGGCUGUUUAGUUUACUAUUCAUUUUACAUUAUGUCCUGGUUAUAUUGUGAUGUUUGGUUUUCUUCUGUCAAUUUUACAUUAUAUUGGUGCAAUUCAGAUUUUUAUGAAGGUGGUGGUGGGUGCAUUUAUAAUAAAGUAGCAACUAUAUCCUUAUCAUUUCUAUUCAGGGUAUUGAAGGUAGGGUGUGUUUUAGUGUCACUGCGGGACACUGGUUUAUAUUAAGGUGGUGGUGGGUGUGCGUUUUCAUUUAUUAAUAAUUCCACAAUUGUUACAUUAGUUACUGGUGCAAAUACAAUUUAUUUUUAAGCCUUUGAGUGUGUUUAAUUGUAUUUAGAGACUACAUCUGUUGUGAUCUAAACAUUCUCAUAUCUAUCUAAUAUAUAUAUAUAUAUAUAAUUUGUAGCACGGUAGUGGGUGGAGUCAGGUAACAAACCUGGCUCCAAGUUAAUUUUGAGUAAUUGUUUAAGUUGAGUUCAUUGUUUUGUUAAUUAUUUUAUCGUUUUGGCAGUUGGCAAGGUUAAUUACAAAUUUGCAGGGAGCGAUCCAGGGCAGUGAAAGCAAUUGCAGCUUGAUAAUGAGGUGCUUGUGUAACUUGAGAUUGAAGAGAGCAGCUCGUGAUCAAGCUGUUUUGAGGUGUUUGAGGGGUAUGGAUAGGAAAGGGGGUCCCUGACCGUCCCUGACCGGGCUGCCCUCUGAUGAUGUGCCAUUUUGUUUUGUUCAUGUGUUUUUGUUUGUUGUCUGUUCUGUAUCUGAUUGCAUUAAACAUGCGCAUUAGCGCUUUGGAACUGCA